AUGUUGGAGGGGAAGACAGCAUUCAGAGCUCUACCUUUGAACAAGGAACCAACAUACACAACAACUGGAACGAAACUGUUGGAAGCUGUCAAGUUAGUGGAGGAGGUAGAGAAGACUCUCUACAUGAAGAAGAAGGAUUUUAAGAUGAAGAUGAAGAUUUUGAAGUUUAAAUCGAAUCUCGUCAAGAAUAAAGAGACUCAAUUGAAGGAGACAGUCGCUAAGUUUAAUAAAUUCGUUCAGGAAAAUGAUUAUAAGAAGUGGAGAGCUCACGUUAAGAUAGAUGAGGAGCAACAGGCUAUCAAGGCAUUAGCCAACGAUAUUGAUACGGCUCAAUCACAGUUAAUUUCACUAGCAAAAUUCAAAGAGAAGCUAUUGAAGUGGACACAGCAGCGACGAACUUUUUUAGAUUUCAUGCAGAAAGUGCACCAGAGAACAAGUUACGAUUUUCCAGAGCUGAGACACAUCAUCGCCAGAAAGGAAACUCUUAUGGCUAUCCAGGAGGAACUGGUGAAUAGGAUAUCCGCAGGGCUAGAUGGAUGCGAGAACGUAAAAAACGCCCUGAAGAAAUAUGUCGAGUUAACCGGCCUGAAGAAAAGACGAGAAGAUAUCAAACAGACCACAUACGACAGUAACAUAAGAUUGAACGAAAUUUACGCCAAAGUUAAGGCAAGUUCUGCCGAAGUCAAGCAAAUAUUUCUAUGUCUAAACAGCAUGUGUGACUGGCUGGUCACUUAUGAAGGCAUGCAGUCCAUUCACAAACCAGCUGAUCUGGAGAAGUGCAUCGAAAUCGUUCCAUUGCUGGCCAAACACGUGGCCUUCUUCACUUCCGUUGUGGCAAGGGUGAAAAAGGACCUUAUCAAUUCCCCAGCUGAUCUGCCACCUUGUGAAUAG